UUCUUUGUUAUUAAUUAGCAAAAUGCCAGGAGGAAAAGGAAAAGCAGGAAAAGAUAGUGGAAAAGCAAAAUCUAAGAAAGUUAUUUCGAGGAGUGCUAGAGCUGGCUUACAGUUUCCUGUUGGCCGUAUUCAUCGUUUCCUUAAGAAAAGAACAACAAGCACUGGGCGUGUUGGCGCUACUGCUGCUGUAUAUAGUGCCGCUAUACUGGAAUAUUUAACAGCUGAAGUUCUUGAGUUGGCUGGAAAUGCAUCUAAAGAUCUUAAAGUGAAGCGCGUUACGCCUAGACAUCUUCACCUUGCAAUUCGAGGUGAUGAGGAGCUUGAUUCGCUUAUCAAAGCAACCAUUGCUGGUGGGGGAGUUAUUCCGCACAUUCAUCGCUACCUCAUGAACAAGGUAAACUAUCAGAUUAUUCAUCAUAUAUUAUUAAAUUCUAGAAGGGUGCACAGCAGCCGUCAACCGCAGUUCCAAAGACACAACCUGUUUGAAAUUGGUUGGUGA